AAUCAUCAGUUUCAGUUCACAUUCCAAUAUCAAAGCGUUUGAUUCGUAUUAUAGUGCAGUAUUGCAAAUUUAUUGAUUAAGUUCGUAUAUAUUUAUAAGUUUAUGUAUAGAUUAUAACAAGUUACAAAAAUGACUUUGUGCAGCAGUGUUCUAGCUAUUUUAUUGUCCUUGACAGUGAUUAAUAAUUGUUCAACAGAGGAAAACACGGAUAUUAUGUCGAAACGAGUAGCUCCAGUUAUUUCUAAGGCCGAGGAGUUCGAACAAAAACUUCCGGGUUUCUUAAGUGCGAAUAAGACGUUGUGUGUCUUGCUGGACUAUGAUGGUACCUUGGCGCCACUCUGUGAUAAUCCCGCCAACACUGUUAUGGAUCCAGAGCUAGAAAAAAACCUGCAUUUGUUAGCGGAAAAUCCAAAAGUUUUCAUGGCUGUCAUUUCUGGUAGAGGCUUGAAAGAUGUGGAGGGAAAGGUUGGAAUUAAAAACAUCACAUAUGCUGGCAAUCAUGGUAUUGAAAUUCAAAGUCCUGAUGGAAGUAGACAAGAUUAUCAAUUACCUGAAGAUGUUCAGAAAUCAUAUAGAAGUCUUGUUGAUGAGCUUAAUAAGAAGUUAAACAAAAAUGGUGCAUGGGUAGAGGAUAAAAAGGUUUCACUUACUUACCACUACAGAGACACCGCAUCAGACUUGAUUGAAGCACAAAGGAAAGAAGCUGUGGAAAUCAUUAAAAGGCAUGGUUUCUCAGCUAAUCAAGCUCAUGCAGCUAUCGAGGCAAAACCUCCAGUAAAUUGGAAUAAAGGAGAGGCUGCGUUAUUGAUUCUUAAGAAUAACUUUGGCAAUGAUUGGAAGUCAAAAACCAGUGUUGUCUUUGCUGGUGAUGAUACAACAGAUGAAGAUGCCAUGAGAGCUUUACAAGGAAUUGGUAAAUCCUUCCGAGUAGCAACCGAUCCCAAAAUCGAAACAUAUGCAGACUUCAGACUACCCAAACAGGAACUCGUCCAUGAUUUGAUAAGAUGGCUUUGUCAAAGUUCGUGUUAGUUCUCAAAACUUCUUUACUUAGCCAAUGC